UAGACACGGCACUUGGGGUCCUCUUCUCCGGGUCCAGUCUCCCCGGGCCCCGUCCCCCAGGCUCGCCUCCUCCCUCGCCACCUCCCGUCCCCCCUUCCUUCUCGGGUGCCCCCCAGAGACCAAACCCCACUGCCCAUUGUCACUGGUCCCGGCCCCUGCGGCAAAGGCUCCAACGUGACCUCGGGCACAGAACUGGCGAGCUGUGCGGGACCGGGGGGCUGUGCGGGUUCGGGGGACCUCGGAGCCUGGCAUUACGAGAGGCAUUACGGAACCUUUGCCGACCUCACCAUGCCGGUUGCCGCCACCAACUCUGAGACUGCCAUGCAGCAAGUCCUGGACAACUUGGGCUCCCUCCCCAAUGCCACGGGGGCUGCAGAACUGGACCUGAUCUUCCUGCGAGGCAUUAUGGAAAGUCCCAUAGUAAGAUCCCUGGCCAAGGCCCAUGAGAGGCUGGAGGAGACGAAGCUGGAGGCUGUUCGGGACAACAACCUGGAGCUGGUGCAGGAGAUCCUUCGGGACCUGGCGCAGCUGGCCGAACGGAGCAGCACGGCCGCUGAGCUGGCCCGCAUCCUCCAGGAGCCUCACUUUCAGGUUCCCUCCAGGCUGGGGUGCAACUGGGGCAGGCCCUUGGGGGAGGGGCCGGCAGGGAGUGGGAGGUGGAAUGGAAAGGGACUGCAGGGCACUGGCCCAUGGUCCCUUCUCUUCCCACCACCUCCCCAGUCCCUCCUGGAGACGCAUGACUCUGUUGCCUCAAAGACCUAUGAGACACCACCCCCCAGUCCCGGCCUGGAUCCCACGUUCAGCAACCAGCCGGUGCCUCCCGACGCGGUGCGCAUGGUGGGCAUCCGCAAGACUGCUGGAGAACAUCUGGGAGUGACAUUCCGCGUGGAGGGUGGCGAGUUGGUGAUCGCACGCAUCCUGCAUGGGGGGAUGGUGGCUCAGCAAGGCCUGUUGCAUGUGGGUGACAUCAUCAAAGAGGUGAAUGGGCAGCCCGUGGGCAGCGAUCCCCGUGCGCUGCAGGAGCUCCUGCGCAGCGCCAGCGGCAGCGUCAUCCUCAAGAUCCUGCCCAGCUACCAGGAGCCCCACCUGCCCCGCCAGGUAUUUGUGAAAUGCCACUUUGACUAUGACCCAGCCCGAGACAGCCUCAUCCCCUGCAAGGAAGCGGGCCUGCGCUUCAACGCCGGGGACCUACUCCAGAUAGUAAACCAGGAUGAUGCUAACUGGUGGCAGGCAUGCCACGUGGAGGGAGGCAGUGCUGGGCUCAUCCCCAGCCAGCUGCUGGAGGAGAAGCGCAAAGCCUUCGUUAAACGGGAUCUGGAGCUGACGCCCAACUCAGGGACCCUAUGCGGCAGCCUUUCGGGGAAAAAAAAGAAACGAAUGAUGUAUUUGACCACCAAGAAUGCAGAGUUCGACCGCCAUGAGCUGCUCAUCUAUGAGGAGGUGGCCCGCAUGCCUCCUUUCCGCCGGAAAACCCUGGUGCUGAUCGGGGCUCAGGGUGUGGGUCGGCGCAGCCUGAAGAACAAGCUCAUCAUGUGGGAUCCAGACCGCUAUGGCACCACGGUGCCCUACACAUCCAGGCGGCCCAAAGACUCAGAGCGGGAAGGCCAGGGUUACAGCUUUGUGUCCCGAGCGGAGAUGGAGGCUGACAUCCGUGCUGGGCGCUACCUGGAACAUGGCGAAUACGAGGGCAACCUGUAUGGCACACGUAUCGACUCCAUCCGGGGUGUGGUCGCUGCCGGCAAGGUGUGCGUGCUGGAUGUCAACCCCCAGGCGGUGAAGGUGCUGAGAACAGCGGAGUUUGUCCCUUACGUGGUGUUCAUCGAGGCCCCUGAUUAUGAGACCCUUCGGGCCAUGAACCGGGCUGCACUGGAAAGUGGGGUGUCUACUAAGCAGCUCACGGAGGCGGACCUGAGACGGACGGUGGAGGAGAGCAGCCGCAUCCAGAGGGGCUACGGGCACUACUUUGACCUCAGCCUGGUCAACUGCAACCUGGAGAGGACCUUCCGCGAGCUCCAGGCCGCCAUGGAGAAGCUGCGGACGGAGCCCCAGUGGGUGCCUGUCAGCUGGGUGUACUGAGCCUGCUCCACUGGACCUUGUCCCCUCUGGGUUGUGACCCAGAGACCUGAAUCCAUCCCUUUCCCAGCCAUGACCCUCAGCCACAGUCCUGAGCUCCAGUCCCUGGGGCUCUGGCUCCCUGGGAAGCAGCUCCUCGCAGGCCCCGAGUCUGGCUUCGGCGCAGAGGCAUGCACUGCCAGGGAGGUGGGUGUUCGUGGGGUACCUCUGUGCCCAGGUGCUGCCCUCUCCUGAUGCCCAUUAGCCACCAGAUGUUCCUCUUGAGGGCCACGCUGUGCCCAGGAGUGUGUCAGAGUCACUGCCCAAAGGCUCAGACCAGAGAAGAGAAGAUGCUUUGGGACCACGUGGUCAGUAGGUACACUGCCCCGCCACCUCUCUCCAGUCACCUUCUCUCCUCUGGACUGGCCACCCCACCCUGUUCCCGAGCUCCUCCCACCUCUCACCCCUCUGUCCUAGGAGCAGGCCUUAGGCUUUUUCUAUGUGGCCAGGGGAGUGCAAGGCCCCCUGGCAGCCAGGCAGGCCUGGCAGUGGGGCCAACCUGGUGCCAUCCAGAAGGCUGCAGGAGCCAAAGCAUGAGCCAGUUGUCACAGCCGGGAGCAGUGCAGCUCUCUGCUCCCAGGAACGAGGCAGAGUCCUGCCAGUGGACCCUGCCCGGUAUCUCCCUCAUCCACAGCUUUUCACUGCCGAAGUCUCUCCGCGGACUUCUCCAAUGUGCCCGCAGGGCCAGGCCGGCAGGGGGCAGCAGGCACAGCCCAGGCCAGGGGGGUUGGAGGCUGAGCCCUGUCCCCAGGAGCCUGCCACUACUGACCGAAGAGCUCCAAGCUCUCCAUGGCCCAUGGGGAGGACACACCUGGGCUCCCUGUUCACGACCAUUGUCCAUGUGGUCUUUGCUCUGGCCAGGCCCACGUGGUCCACUAGUGUCAGGACUGAUGGGGGCGUGGGGGGGGGCUCAGGAAGGAUGCGGAGGGAAGCUGUGAGCACUGUGCUCUGACAGGCUCCUCAUUGCCCAACGCCAGGGGGUGCCAUCCAUACUGUUUCUGUGCAGGUUACGUCCACAUGCGACCCCCCGGUCUGGGUUCUGCCACUGGCAUAUGUGUUUCAGUGUGCUUGGUUUUUGGACAAGAGACACUUUGGAGGUCACUCUUUGGGUCCCCUUUUCAGGGUUUCCCAGCAGCUCCCUGUCUUAUGAGACACUUAUCCCAGAUUCUAGAGCCUUGACCCGCCCAGAUGUCUUCCUCCAGCUCUUUUAUUGUCCCCUGACCCUAAAUGCCACUCUCCUGUCCUUGGUGAGGGCAAUUGUGUAAAAUAGGAGACUCCCUUUUGUUUUUUUUAGAGACAGGAAGGGAGAGAGAGAGAGAGAGAGAGA